UGUUUUGAUCUCGCUGUAUCCAGAUCUCGCGAGAACACUCGCGCUCCUUGCGUUCGCCAUUAUAGCUAGGAGAAGCGUCCCCCGGACGAGCACCGGAGAGGCUCCGUUACCCGGACACAGACGCGUUUUGCUCGCUGACGCCCGUCGAGCCGCUCUGCAUCCAGGUAGCAAGAUGGCAGAUGACCUGGACAUCGAGGCGAUGCUGGAGGCGCCAUACAAGAAGGAGGACGCCAAAAUCUCGAGCCCCAACGGACAGGACGAGCGCUCCAAGAGGAAGAAACGCAGUCGCAGCCACGACAGGAAGCGUAGCCGGAGUCGAGACAGGAAGAGGAGCCGGAGUCGGGAGCGCAAACGCAGCCGCAGCCGAGACAGACGGAGGAGUCGCAGCCGCAGCAGAGAGCGCCGCCGCAGCCGAGAGCGCGGCGGGCGCUACAGAGACCACCACAAGCACCGGCGGCGGUCGAGGAGUAAGAGUCCCCUCAGGAAGGAGAAGAGUCCAAUCAGGCAGCCCAUCGAUAACCUGACGCCCGAGGAGCGAGACGCCCGCACGGUGUUCUGCAUGCAGCUCGCCGCCCGCAUCCGCCCCCGAGACCUGGAGGAGUUCUUCUCUGCGGUGGGGAAGGUUCGGGACGUCAGGAUGAUCUCUGACAGGAACUCUCGUAGGUCAAAGGGCAUCGCCUACAUAGAGUUCGUGGAGGCAAGUUCAGUUCCUCUGGCCAUUGGGCUGACAGGGCAAAGGCUGCUGGGAGUUCCCAUCAUCGUACAGGCCUCGCAGGCAGAGAAGAACCGAGCCGCUGCUGCAGCCAACAACCUGCAGAAAGGAACAUCUGGACCGAUGAGGCUGUACGUCGGCUCGCUGCACUUCAACAUCACUGAGGAGAUGCUGCGAGGGAUCUUUGAGCCAUUUGGACGGAUUGAGAGCAUCCAGUUGAUGAUGGACAGCGAGACGGGGCGCUCCAAAGGAUACGGCUUCAUCACCGUGAGUUUGAUUCCAGUGACAGAGACUUUUGCAGAUGCAGAGUGCGCCAAGAAUGCUCUGGAGCAGCUGAAUGGCUUCGAGUUAGCUGGGAGACCCAUGAAAGUGGGUCACGUGACCGAGCGGACCGACGCCUCCAUGGCGUCGUCCCUCCUUGACAGCGACGAGCUGGAACACACCGGCAUCGACCUGGGAACCACCGGGAGACUGCAGCUCAUGGCCCGCCUGGCUGAGGGUACUGGUCUGCAGAUCCCUCCUGCUGCUCAGCAGGCUCUGCAGAUGAGUGGUGCUAUUGCCAUCGGAGCUAUGGCUGCAGUGACAGCGGCCAUGAACCCGGCUCUCAACAUGAACAUGAACUCUCCUGCUCUGAACCUCCCGUCUCAGCCGCUGGCGACGCACUGCUUCCAGCUGUCCAACAUGUUUAACCCCAGCAGUGAGGAGGCUCCUGGGUGGGAGCUGGACAUCCAGCAUGACGUCAUAGAGGAGUGUAAUAAACAUGGUGGCGUUGUUCACAUCUACGUUGACAAGAAGUCCACUGAGGGAAACGUCUACGUCAAGUGUCCUUCGAUCCCAGCCGCCAUGGCUGCCGUCAACGCCCUGCACGGGAGAUUCUUUGCUGGUAAAAUGAUCACCGCGGCAUACGUCCCCCUGCCCACUUACCACAACCUGUUCCCGGAGUCUGUCACCGCGACGCAGCUGCUGGCCCCACCCCCACGCCGGUGACUCGCUGUCAGUGCUGCCUUCUGAUUGGAUACUGUAAUUCAGAGCCUGCCCCUUUCCUGCUGGUUGUCUCACAUGCUCAGUGUGGUUCCCGAGGUCAAAGGUCGGCAGCCGUUUGUUUGAUACAAACUUGUUGCUCACUCUCGAUUGGCUGGUUCCCCACGCCAUCGUUUCUUCCAGUUGUAGAUUCUCUGAGCGCCCCCCCAUCCAGUGAUUGAGCUCUGUGAGCUGCGAGGGUGUGGCCUGAUGACAUGAUUGGUUUGCCGUUUAAAUGUUUUUGUAAACGAGUUUGAUUUUGUAAAAAUUGUUGAUUAAAUUUUAUUUUCUGUCA